AUGGAACCGGUAGGACUGGCUGUCGGCGUCGUGGGCCUAGCCGGCCUCUUCAGCUCUUGCUUGGAAGCUGUUGAAAAGUUCGACUCGUACAAAAACUUUGGCCGCGAUUCACGUUCUCUAGCCACUCUGUUCGACGCCGACAAGCACCGCUUCGAGCAGUGGUGUCGCGCUGUCGGCAUCGAGAAAGGGAAGUUAUCCGACACGCACCACCCCGCUCUCGAUGAUGCGAAAAACAUGGCGAUAAUUCACAAACUCUUUGCCAGCAUCCGAGACUUUUGCAGCGGCGAAGAUGACGCCCUCAACCAGCAGCCCACCCCAGCAGACAGCAAAAUCUCAAAAGACGGUUUUCUCUCCACACGGCAAGGCCAGCUUCGCCAUGGCGCGCUUGUGGACUCGAAGUGGCGGAAGGCCGCUUGGGCACUAACCGGGAAAACAAAGCGCGCAGGCCACGUUCAGAUGUUUGCGACCCUGGUGCAGUAUCUGUACAGUGUGGUUCCUCCAGACGACACAAAGGGUACACCAUCAGGACAUGGAGCACCCGAAACAAAACGGGACCUGCGCGCUUGGCUUGGUUGCCCGUCCCCGAACGAUCUAUACGACGACUCCAUCCAGAAGCGGCUGGACGGCACAUGUGAGUGGAUACUGGCGCGGACAGAGUUUCGCCAGUGGCUUUCGCCCGAUGCUCCACCUGGUGCUUCGAAGCUGCUGUGGAUCAACGGCCCGGCGGGGUAUGGUAAGACGAUCCUUUGUGCCAAACUAGUCGAAGUUAUUUCAUCCACGCCUCAGACACCCACCGCGCAUUUCUUUUUAUCAUCCAAGUCCGAGGGCCGUGACGACCCAUUCUUAGCGAUACGGUCGUGGCUAGCAGCGAUAACAUUUCAAAACCAGGCUGCUUUGAAUGUGGUCCGGAAGAGACGCUUGGCACAGCAUGAACAGGCCGCAACGCGAGCAACCAUCAUCCGACUCUUCCGUGAGGUUGUCCAGACCGUUCCGUGCUGUACGUUCAUCUUGGAUGGGCUGGAUGAAUGCACUUGGGUGGGGGGAGGCCACAGCGGCAGCCACUCUGUGGCCCGCUUUCUUGAAGAGCUUAGGCAAGCGAUUGACGACACCACUGCUCGGGUUUUGGUGGUCAGCCGUAACGAGCCUGAAAUCCGGCAGGGGCUCAAGCGAUACUCGGGAUUCAGCGAAUACACGAUAUCACUGGAAGACGUAUCUGCUGACAACAUUGCCUACUCAAGAAGUAUCGUCGACAACAAGCUGUCCAACAAGGACGAAUCAAUAAGACUCAGCAUCUCCCAGAGAAUGGCCGAUCGCUGUCACGGCCAGUUCCAGUGGCUGAGAAUGCAAGAAGACUUCUUGAGGAAAUGGAGAAACCAGAAGCAGCUUGAAAGGGACAUCGACGAGACCCCAGCCGGGCUUGACCGUCUUUACGACCGCAACUGGGAACGAAUUGAGAGAUUGCAAGAUGUAAAAAGAACAAAGGCCUUCUCGUUGCUGUGA